GCAGUUGUUCAAGGUCAAGUCAGGGAGGAAGAUUUGAGCGGUCUUGGUUUACGUACUGUGCUAAUUUUCUCGAUUUUCUAGCUUAUAUGGAAUCUCUAAUACCAGUCAUCAACAAACUACAGGACGUUUUUAACACAGUGGGUUCUGAAACAAUACAACUGCCUCAAAUCGUUGUUUUGGGAACACAAAGCUCUGGGAAGAGUUCAGUCCUUGAAAACUUAGUUGGUCGAGAUUUCCUGCCUAGAGGACAUGGAAUUGUGACGCGGCGACCACUUGUUUUACAACUUAUCCAUGUAGAUGAGUCAGACCAUGCUACACGGGUCGCGGAAGGUGAUGGUACUUCAACCGAAUGGGCAACAUUCCUACAUACGAAAAAGAUAUACCGGGAUUUCGAUGAAGUUCGUAAUGAAAUCAAAAGCGAAACUGAUCGGGUUGCCGGGGCUGGAAAAGCUGUAAGCUCCGAGCCGAUCAACUUAAAAAUAUUCAGCCCACGUGUUCUCAAUCUCACUUUGGUCGAUCUUCCUGGCAUUACAAAGGUUCCUGUUGGUGACCAGCCUGAGGAUAUUGAAACAUUGAUCAAUGAUUUAUGUCUUCAUUACAUUAACAAUCCUAACAGUAUAAUUUUAGCUGUUACACCGGCCAAUGCAGAUAUGGCUACUAGUGAAGGUCUUAAGCUGGCCAAAACAAUCGAUCCUGAUGGCCGCCGAACUUUAUGUAUUCUAACUAAGUUGGAUCUAAUGGACCAUGGAACAGACGCCCACGAUCUUUUAUUGGGGCGUGUUGUUCCAGUUAAACUCGGCAUAAUUGGUGUUGUCAAUCGUUCUCAAGCCGAUAUUAAGGCGGGUAAAAAUAUUGACGAGGCAUUACAAGAUGAAGCCAGUUUUCUGCAACGACGUUAUCCAUCUCUUGCUAGUAGGAAUGGCACCCCAUUCUUGGCACGGACAUUAAAUAGACUUUUAAUGCAUCAUAUACGGGAUUGUUUGCCAGACUUGAAAACACGUGUGAAUGUAAUGGCUGCACAAUUUCAGAAUCUUUUAAAUACAUUCGGAGAUGAAAUCGAAGACCGAGGACAACUUUUGCUGCAGAUUAUUACAAAGUUUAAUACUGCUUAUUGUAAUACAAUUGAUGGAGUUGCGAAAGAUAUUGAAACGACUGAGUUGUGUGGUGGCGCUCGUAUUUGUUAUAUAUUCCAUGAAACUUUCUAUCGAACGUUGAGUAAAAUCGAUCCUUUGGGUGGUUUAUCAACUCUUGAUAUUCUAACCGCAAUACGAAAUGCUACCGGGCCAAGACCUGCUCUAUUUGUACCAGAGGUUUCUUUCGAAUUGUUGGUAAAACGACAAAUCAGGCGUUUAGAAGAACCGAGUUUACGAUGUGUUGAAUUAGUCCAUGAAGAAAUGCAACGCAUCAUUCAACAUUGUGGUGCUCAACAAGAACUCCUUCGGUUUCCGAAACUGCACGAACGUAUAGUCGAUGUGGUCACUUCUGUAUUGCGCCAGCGCCUGCAACCGACCAAUCAAAUGGUUACUAAUCUGGUCGCUGUUGAGUUAGCCUAUAUAAAUACUCGACAUCCUGACUUUCUGGAAGCGCUAAGUACACAUCGGCAACAGGCUCCAGGAUUAGAGAAUCUGUCUCUUAACGACCAGCCGGCAACACAGGGAUCAUUUUCAGGAUCUUCACUUCGUACCAUUACUGCUUCACAUUUGACUCGUCGCCUACCUGGAACUCUUCAGCACGAAGAACAGCCCGGUUCUCUUAAUAUUAAUGGUCCAUCCUCAGAUCAAAAUCCAGAGAAUCUGCAUAUUGGACUAAGCCUUACUCCGGACAUUCAAACGGAAGUUCAACAGCAUAAGCUAACACCAAAUGAACGACAUGAUUGUGAAGUUAUUGGGAAACUUAUUCGUUCCUAUUUUCUAAUUGUUCGAAAGAACAUACAAGAUACUGUUCCAAAAGCAAUAAUGCAUUUUUUAGUGAAUUUUGUUAAAGAUAAUUUACAAUCAGAACUUGUCGGUAAAUUGUAUAAACAAGAUGAAUACAAUACAUUGUUACAAGAAAGUGAACGAGUAGCUCAGCGCCGAAGAGAAGCUUCCGAAAUGUUAAAGGCUCUUCAGAAAGCCAGUAUGAUCAUCGGUGAAAUUCGUGAAACACAUUUAUGGUGAUUAAAUAUUUCGGUAUCAUUGUUUGAUUUUCAACAAUAACAAUAAUUUACGUGUUUCGUUAUUUCCUUCUUGUAUUUCUAAUAUAAUUUUUCGUUAAUUAAAAGUAUACAUGUAGGCUUUUAACCGAAUCAUACUACGUGUGUGUAUACAUUAUUUCUUUUGUGCCAUUUAAUCAACUAUAUCCAUCUACAUUUUGACUGUUAUUUCGAAGUUCUUAUCUGUUGUUAUCUAUGCUACCGUUACCACUAAUACAACAACUAGCCAACGCACACUAAACUCACGUAUCAUCUUAUAAACUAACCUAGCAUAAUAAGCGAACUAUAAAAGAUUUACUGUUUAGUAGUUUAUAAGACUGAUUAUCAUUCUGAAAUGUCUUAUUGUUUUCUUCGUAGGUUCCUUUUGUUUGUUAUUGUGGUUUUCUCUUUAAUUGUAGAAAAAAAUGUACAUCUCUCCUAACCUGUGUUUGUAAAAAGGCUUUCUAUACUGUAACUGUUCUGCUGUUGAGAAUGUAAUUAUCUAAAAGAGCUAUUAUACAUUUCUAACACACUCAA